GCCUCCCUGCAGUGUAUAUAACGCAAGUCUGCAGCCCAACAGCUCGCACUUCCUCCAAACUGCUCAGCCCUAAGGCAGGGAUCGCAGGGAGCUGGAAAGGGGAGCCCUACGCCGCAGAGCCCAGCCGGGAGGCCCUCGGUCACUGCCCUCGACCGCUGCCAUGGACCUGCAUGUCUUCGACUACUCGGAGCCGGGGAACUUCUCCGACCUCAGCUGGCCGUGCAACAGCAGCGACUGCAUCGUGGUGGACACGCUGCAGUGCUCCGGGCUGCCCCACAAGAGCGUGCUGCUGUACACGCUGGCCUUCGUGUACAUCUUCAUCUUCGUCAUCGGCAUGAUCGCCAACUCCGUGGUGGUCUGGGUGAACAUCCAGGCCAAGACCACGGGCUACGACACGCACUGCUACAUCCUGAACCUGGCCGUCGCCGACCUGUGGGUGGUGGUCACCAUCCCGGUCUGGGUGGUCAGCCUCGUGCAGCACAACCAGUGGCCCAUGGGCGAGCUCACGUGCAAGGUCACCCACCUCAUCUUCUCCAUCAACCUCUUCGGCAGCAUCUUCUUCCUCGCGUGCAUGAGCGUGGACCGCUACCUGUCCGUGGCCUACUUCGCCCACACGUCCGGCCGCAAGAAGCAGGCGGUGCGGCGCGCUGUCUGCGUCCUGGUGUGGCUGCUGGCCUUCUGCGUGUCCCUGCCCGACACCUACUAUCUGAAGACCGUCACGUCCGCCUCCAACAACGAGACCUACUGCCGCUCCUUCUACCCCGAGCACAGCGUCAAGGAGUGGCUCAUCAGCAUGGAGCUGGUCUCCGUGGUCCUGGGCUUCGCCAUCCCCUUCUCGGUCAUCGCCGUCUUCUACUGCCUGCUGGCGCGGGCCGUCUCCUCCUCCAGCGACCCGGAGAAGCACAGCAGCCGGAAGAUCAUCUUCUCCUACGUGGUGGUCUUCCUCGUGUGCUGGCUCCCCUACCACGUCGUGGUGCUGCUGGACAUCUUCUCCAUCCUGCACUACCUGCCCUUCAGCUGCCAGCUGGAGAACUUCCUGUUCACGGCGCUGCACGUCACGCAGUGCCUGUCCCUGGUGCACUGCUGCGUCAACCCCGUGCUCUACAGCUUCAUCCACCGCAGCUACAGGUACGAGCUCAUGAAAGCCUUCAUCUUCAAGUACUCGGCCAAAACGGGCCUCACCAAGCUCAUCGAUGCCUCCCGCGCGUCCGAGACCGAGUACUCUGCUCUGGAGCAGACCACCAAGUGAUGCGCCCCGUGGAGCCCCCCCCCCCCCCCGCCCGGCAUCUGGGCGCUUGGUCCCGGGGAGGCACCGGGCCGCGUGGUUCCCAGAGCGGAGCAAAGGGGCUUCGGGCUUGAUGCCCCGCUCGUGGGAAAAGGGGGCCGCGUCUCCCCGUGGCUCCUUUCCGUCUCUCCCCGGCCAGCGUGGCUGUCGCCUGGCGGUGGGUCCUGGGCGUGUGGCACCUGCCAUCCCACGGGGCUGUGCCCGGCAGCCCCUACUGCUUGUCAAACCAGCCUCGGGACAGGCUUGCCUGCACUUCUGUAACAUAGGACUUCUCUGUGCUCCCUGGAGGUUUUAUAUGGUGAUUUGUAUUUAAAUCUUAAGACUUUAUUUUCUCACUCUUGGCAUACCUUCCAGAUGUAUGUGAAAGUCUAAAUAUAUUUUAAAUAUUGUAUGGGAGGUAUAAGGCUGACAUAUAUUCAGUGCUGUAGUGUUGAGCUUAGUUUGACUUCCGUUUUGACUAAGGAUGACAUUAAUUGUUAGCUGUUUUGAAAGUAUAUAUAUAUAUAUUAUAAAUAUAUAAAUAUAUAAAUAUAGGCCAGUCUUGGCUGAAAUGUUUUAUUGAUGAUAGUUUUAUACCCAUGUGGUGCUUUGGGCCAGCCUGGGAUGCAGAACGAGAGAGCUGCUCAGUAAUGCAGUUUGCGACAUGAAUAGUAUUGUAAAGUUACAGUGAGAAAAACAAAAAAGAACAAAAAGCAACACUAUUCCAGGCUGUAACUCUGCACAAGACACAGUUGUAUUUCAGAGAGUUCUUUCAAUUUGUAAGUUAUUUUUUUUAAUAAAGUUUUUU